AUGAGUCCGGACCCUCUCAAGUCCAGAAACACCCAGCAAGGGUUCCAUCUCAAAUUUGGGGGAGGCCGCAAGCGGGACUCGAUCCACGGCGACAGCAGCCAACGACAAGCAGGCGAUGGCCCGUCGAAACCCAAGCGCAAUCGCCCCGUCAAUCGCGCUGACGAGCGGAGCUCAGCUGCCCAACGCGAUCGCAUCGAGAAACCCGUUCCCACAGCCCCAGCUUCCCACAAGUCGCGGCAGCCUGGGAACCCCAUCAAGUCACAAGCUUCGGAUCGCUCGAGCUCUAUCACGGCCAGCAUUCUCAGGCCAGUGCUGGACUCUGUCUGUGAAAGAAUGACAUGGUUCCAAGCCAGGCAUAAACACAGCAAGAUUCUUGACCGCUCAAGGGAAAUUCAAGAGCAAAGCCACUACAAUCCAUCCGACUACCCGGGCUCUGCAGACCUCUUGGUUGAUCAGGAGCAGCAGAUUCGAGAGGAGAUUGAAAAUGCCAAUCAGAGAAUCGCAUUCACCGAUGAGACGAUUGCGGCAGCAUUGCAGCCCCUUCUGCAACAGGUCUCGGAAGCCUGUGCCAAAAGCUGUAACCCAUCAAAAGCCUCGGAAGAGCAAGCGGUAUUAGAAGCAAAACUGGCCGCCGUUUCGAUCACUCUGAAGAAGGAGGCACAGGACUCGAUCGAGCAAGAAUCUGCGGGCCUUCAGCAAAAGCUCCAAGAGCUCGUCGAGUCGCAUAUGGUCAAACUAAAGGAUGCAAUUGACCUUGAAACCGAACAGAAACAGGAAAAGAAACUCAAUAACAAGUUGCAUUCACUUCGCAAGACUCUGACCCAGGAGGCGGAAGACAGGGCCACCAACCUGAGGAAGACGCUGGCACAUGAUUUUGAAAAGCGCGUGGCCGAGAUGGAGGAGACCAUCAUCCAGCGCCACAAGAAGAAGAUUGACCAGCUCGAAAAGAGUUUGGCUGAAGCGAACCUAAAGAAUGCCAAGCUGCACGAUUCGUUGAAAAGCCUGGAAGCAAGAUUUGAUCAGGCAGCCUCGGAACAAGGAAGGCUGUUGAAGUCGCUAGUAGACGAGACGCAACUCUCUCAGAAGCUGCAGCAGCUCUCCGUGUCAAAGGACGAGAAACUAAGCAAGCUCGAGGCUCGUUUGGAAAGCUUACCCAACCAUGCUUCGAAACUUGAGCAGCUGGAAGAAGACAUGCGUGAACAUUCCAAGUUCAUCGAAAAGAAGGCAGAGCAGCAAGACGAAGCGAGCACACGCCUCGAAGCACUGGAGUCUACCUCGUCCAAGGCCUUUGAAGAAGUAAAGAAAAUCAAAGAGCACGUCCAGAGUCUGGGUUCAAGUCACAAAUCAGCAACCGCCUUGACCGACCGUCAGAUUUUGGAGGUUAUCAGACCUGAGUUGGACAAGAGCGAUGAGAAGCUUAAGAACGGUAUUCAAAGAAUUCAGGACGGGCUUACGCCUUUCCUCUCAAAGGAGAGGGCCUCGCGCGAGGCUUUGGAGUCGCAGUUGGAGGAUAUCAGUGGCCAGCUAUCAGAGCUCCAAAGCGAGAGCAGCACAACGAAGACGAAAUUAUCUGGCUUCGCUGAAGACUCUAAUAAGAAUCGUCAUCUUGUUAUCGAGGGAAUGAAGUCGCUUGAGAAUGAGGUCAACGGCCGACUCGACUUGGUGACGAGCGAGCUCAAGUCUAUCACCCGAGUCCCCAAGCCCGACUUUGAGCUUUCCAGAGAUGCUUAUGAAGGGAUUUGCCUGCAGCUGCAAGCUCUCGACAAUUGGCAAAACCACUUCAAUACCAGAGGCCUCUUCAAAGAGAUAGUGGCUUACAUUCAAAACGCGCUGCCCGAGUCGGCACGAAUGAAGAUUGACAGGCUGGAGGCGCGUCUCACUGCUUUUGAAAACAGCUUUAGCCAGAAGCGGCGCAAGCUUCCAGGCAGUAACGCGGCUAUGGUUAAUGGCCACCAGCAAGACUCAGCAUGA